AUGCAUGACUGGGACCCACACGUGCAGUUUCCGGAAACGGAUGAGGAGGUGCACGAAAAGGCAGAAGGCUUGGCUUCGCCGAUGCUGAUCGUCAGCUCCGUUCGGCCGACGCAACCACCGCAGCUUGCAGAGCAGGCUCUCCAGCUCUCUGCAGCAGCGGAUCCUGUGCCACCGUCGCCAGCUGCGAAGAUUGACAGCGAUGUGACUGUCGAGACUGUCGACGAAAGCCAGAGGAGUGACUCAUCGCCGCGGUCGCCUUUCAUCAUCGGUCUUCAGGACCCAGGGGACACUCUGCAGCGCAUGAUCAGCCCUUCUUCCCACAACUUGGUCGGGCGGGCAUCGGUGAUGGGAAGGCCACCGACGGAGGAAGAGAGCUGCUUGAGCAGGUUGGCCAUGUGGCUCCGUUUCAACCUCGACUAUUUCACAGCUUUUGUGCUGGCCAUAAACUUGAUUUUUAUGUGCGUGGAAUUGGAGUUGCAGGGAAGAGCCGCUGGGCACCUCGCAGGCGAGAGCUCGUCAUUCACCAGUUUGCAAGACUUAAACCUCCCUCUCCGCAGUCUUGACAUUGCCUUCGACACUGUCUUUCUAAUCGAGCUGUUGCUGCGGAUGGGACUUCAAGGAUGGGCACUUUUCCGUACUUUCUCGGGCUGGUAUGACCUAUCUUUGGUGGCAGUGGGCAUCGCAGACAUUACUUUAUUUGUCGGUGGAGACGCAGAAGUGGCAGCAGUGCAUGUACUCCGAGCAGCGAGCACACUUCGUGCGAUCCGUUUGCUGCGAAUCUUCCGACUCUUCCAAGGCUGCUCGGCGAGAGCAAAUGCUGCAGGCUGA